UUUUCCCAUGUAUGCUCUUAGAUUUCUGCUAAACUUGGAACAAAUGUUGAGAGUGUUCUUCAGGCAAUUAUUGAAAGAAUCCCCCCUCCUAAAGUGGAUCGCAAAAAUCCCCUGAGAGCUUUGGUAUUUGACUCCACCUUUGACCACUAUAGAGGUGUGGUAGCCAAUGUAGCAUUAUUUGAUGGAGUGGUUUCCAAAGGAGAUAAAAUUGUAUCUGCACAUACUCAAAAGGUGUAUGAAGUUAAUGAAGUAGGAGUUUUGAAUCCUAAUGAGCAGCCAACUCAUAAAUUAUAUGCAGGACAGGUGGGCUAUCUGAUUGCUGGGAUGAAAGAUGUCACUGAAGCGCAAAUAGGAGAUACAUUACAUUUACGUAAGCAACCAGUGGAGCCCUUGCCUGGGUUUAAAUCAGCGAAACCAAUGGUAUUUGCAGGAAUAUAUCCUGUAGACCAGUCUGAAUAUAACAAUCUGAAGAGUGCCAUAGAGAAACUGACUUUAAAUGAUUCCAGUGUGACAGUUCAUCGGGAUAGUAGCCUUGCUCUGGGUGCUGGCUGGAGGCUAGGAUUUCUUGGACUUUUGCACAUGGAAGUAUUUAACCAGCGACUAGAGCAAGAAUAUAAUGCUUCUGUUAUUUUGACAACCCCUACUGUUCCAUAUAAAGCUGUGCUUUCAUCAUCAAAACUGAUAAAGGAAUAUAGAGAAAAAGAAAUUACGAUUAUCAAUCCUGCACAAUUCCCUGAUAAAUCAAAAGUAACAGAAUAUUUGGAGCCAGUUGUUUUGGGUACUAUUAUCACACCAGAUGAAUACACUGGAAAAAUAAUGAUGCUAUGCCAGGCUCGAAGAGCAGUUCAGAAGAAUAUGAUGUUUAUUGAUCAAAAUAGAGUUAUGCUUAAGUAUCUCUUUCCUUUGAAUGAAAUUGUGGUAGAUUUUUAUGACUCUUUGAAAUCCCUAUCUUCUGGAUAUGCCAGUUUUGAUUAUGAAGAUGCAGGCUACCAGACUGCAGAACUUGUGAAAAUGGAUAUUCUACUGAAUGGAAAUAUCGUGGAGGAGCUAGUAACUGUUGUACACAAAGACAAAGCACACUCGAUUGGCAAAGCCAUGUGUGAACGGCUCAAGGAUUGUCUUCCUAGGCAACUGUUUGAGAUAGCAAUUCAAGCUUCUAUUGGAAGUAAAAUCAUUGCAAGAGAAACUGUGAAAGCCUAUAGGAAAAAUGUUUUGGCAAAAUGUUAUGGUGGUGAUAUUACUCGAAAAAUGAAACUUUUGAAGAGACAAGCAGAAGGGAAAAAAAAGCUGAGGAAAAUUGGCAACAUUGAAGUUCCAAAAGAUACUUUUAUAAAAGUUCUGAAAACACAAUCUUCUAAAUAAUUGGUGGGGAAACAUAAAGAAUUUUAAUAAAUUAAAAACUAUCUUUUUCUCAUUGCAAUUUGUAAUAUGCUGACAACAGAAUGAAAAUUAUACAAUUUGCUUGUUACAUUCAGGGUUUUCAGGUUUAAAUAACCUACUAGGCUUUUGUUGAAAGGGAGUAAUGAGUGGGUAGGUAAGAGCUUAGAUUUUGAAGCAAUGUUGUCUGUUUUCUAAUAUCUGUUCCAACCAUUCACUAGUAAGGUGACCUUGGCCAAAUUAACAUGUUUUCUCUUCGGUAAAAUUGAGAUUAUACUACUACCUACA